AUGUUUUCCUGCUCCACAGCAAGCCUGCUAGCCUUGAUACUGGCGGCAGCGGCGCCUAGCCUCGCCGACGACAACGCGCGCAGCGUCAGCACGCUAGAGUUCAAGAACAAGUUCCGCGAGUCGGGCAUCGUGCCCGAGGUGAUUGCCGCCCUGGACCCGGCCGUGUCGUUCUACGUCACGUACAAGGCCGCCGACGGCCACAGCGAGCUGCUGGUGCCGGGGUCGAGCCUGACCGUGGGAGAAACCGCGCAGCCCCUCGAAUUCUCCGUCGAGAACCUGCAGAACGCAACCAACAUCACGGCGCAGACACGGUAUCUCAUCUACCUACUCGACGCGGACGCGCCGGCGCGCAGCAACCCGACGGCGCGCAACCUGCGCUACUUCCUGGCAGGCAACUACAGCGCGGCGACCGCCAACUCGACAGUGCUCAGCACGGCGCAGCGGCUGGUGAUCCCGGCCGGGCAGGCGCGGCCGUUCACGUCCUUCAUCCAGCCGACGCCGACGGCCAACUCGGGCGUGCACCGCUUCAUCUACGCCCUGUACACGCAGCCGGUGCGGUUCAGCAGCGCCGGCUUCGAGUCGGUCGGCAUGGAAGAGGCCAUCGAGAACUGGAAUUUGUCCAGGUGGCGCACGCAGCUCGGCCUCGGCCCUGCCAUUGGCGCCACCUUCUUCACUGUCGACACGGGCGCCAACAACGGCCAGGGCACGAGCAACGUGCCGGCGGCCGGCAGCUCGGCCGCGGGUAUGGGCAUCCCGCUGGCCAUGGCUGGCGUGGCGGCUCUGUUGGGUUUCAUGGCUCUUGCGUAG